UUAUUAUGCUCAUCCGGUCACUCCCAUGGCUUACGUCCAUAUCCAGCCUCCGUUUUCGGUUUCUCCUCUGCCGGACCGGAAGUGCGUGAGAUGUAUGCUCGUCUACAAGCCGUGUCCCCGACCGCAACCAAGAAUAGUCGGACAGACCUACAAGUACCGAGAACCGGCCUCAAAGUGGCGUGGUCUCAAGUACGGCUGUCGCUGCAACGUCGUUGGAUCGACGUCCACUGCAUGUGACAUCAUAACAGGUCAAUGUCAAUGCAAACCCCAUGUGAUUGGCAGAUCAUGUGACCAGUGCAAGGUCAGUUACUGGGGCAUGGCGACAGGUGCAGGAUGCGCCCCUUGCGGAUGCGACUCGAUGGGAUCCUUCAACUCUUCCUGUAGGGAUGACACCGGACAUUGUUAUUGCAAACCCGGCGUGGGUGGACCUCGAUGCGAUGACUGUCUGCCAGGAUAUUACGGAUUCUCCGAGAAAGGAUGUCAAUUGUGCGACAUUUGCGACCGUCCAGGACACAUUUGCGACCCCGACACUGGACGUUGCAUCUGCCCUGCCCUGACUUUUGGAGAACAUUGCGAUCGUUGCAGACCAGGGUCCUACGACCUGGUACCAGGUUUAGGAUGCAAGCCCUGCAGCUGCAGCCCAGGGUCCACCAGGCCUCAUUGCGACGCCUAUGGCCAAUGCCCCUGCAGGGAUGGGUUCGAGGGACUCAGGUGCGACAGGUGCAGCAGGGGGUACUACGGCUACCCUAGGUGCAGGCCCUGCAGCUGCAGCAUCCUUGGCACUCGCCAAUGCCAAGACGGAAUCUGCAGUUGCGACGAAAAUGGCCAAUGUCCCUGCAAGGAGAAUGCAAUCAGCAGGCAGUGCAAUCAAUGCAAAGAGGGGACUUUCGGCCUGGCUGCAGAAAAUCCAAAAGGAUGCACCGAGUGCUUCUGCUUCGGGAGGUCAACUCUCUGUCAUCAAGCUGGACUGACCUGGGGUCAACGGAGACUGUCACGUCCGAGAGUCCUGGCGGUCAAUGAUUCGAUCAAUGACGUAGUCGUGACGAACUACGGUUCCUCGAUGACGUUCUCCUCCCUUAACGGAGGAUUAAACGUGACGAACGGAUUGUCGGUCAUUCCUGGGACCGAAGGCGAUGUCACGCUGUCAUCUAAUUUGUACUACAAUUACCCCCUAUAUUGGCAGCUGCCAAUCUCCUUCCUGGGGGACAAGGUCGUUUCUUAUGGCGGUUUUCUGAGAUUCUCGACCAAGACCGAAGGUGGCGAGCCGUUGCACUCCAGUUCGCGGUAUCCCCUCGUGCAGCUGCAGGGUAACAAGAUCAUCCUGGAGUACUACCUGCACCUGCCAGUUACCAACGACCACUACGAGAUCAGGUUGCACGAGUCCUUGUGGCAGGUGCACAAUCGGCCCGAUUACAAGGUGUCCAGAGAGCAGCUCAUGGUGGCCUUGCAGAAUGUGCAGCACAUCCUGCUGAAGGCGUCCGAUCACUCGGAAUUCCAGAAAAUCACGCUUUUAGAGGCCUCUUUGGAUGCUGCGGUCCUGACACCCACGCACUCGCCCCCGCUGGCCACGGGGAUCGAGAUUUGCGAGUGCCCUCCGGAAUACAAUAGCACUUCCUGUCAAGAUCCCAGUUUAGGUUACUAUAGGUGGUACAACAAUAGCACCGCGACUUCCACUAUCAUCAUCGAGCUCGUCGGGGAGGCGAGGCGAUGCCAGUGCAACGGCAGAUCGGAGAUCUGCGACAGAGAAACUGGACACUGUCUGAAUUGCCGAAAAAAUUCAGCAGGGGCGCGUUGCGAGGUCUGCGCGGAGAGCUUUUAUGGGGAUCCCGAUUUCGAGGGCUGCAGACCUUGUCCUUGUCCCCAGGCUGAUAAGAGGUUCUCCAAGACGUGCGUGGUGAACUCUGACACGGAAGCCAUUUGUCACUGCAAACCAGGUUACAUCGGGGACUUUUGCGAAAGAUGCGAGUUCGGUUAUUAUGGGAAACCGGACUUGCCGGGGGGAGUUUGCGUGCCAUGCAACUGCAAUCCAGCUGGAAGUACUGGGGACGAAUGUGACGAAUUUACUGGACAAUGCACCUGCAGGGAUGGAUCCACUGGGAGGGAUUGCUCCGAGUGCACUGCACCUCGACAUGCAUUUAUCAAUGACGUCUGCACGUCGUGCAACGACAACUGCACGGGGAUCCUCUUGGACGACUUGGAGCUGCUCUCAUUGACACUUGCUGAGGAGACCACGCACAUUUCUGGGGGGUAUGUUCCUCCACCCUGGGAAGAACUUGACUUUGUCGACUCCAAUGCCACGAUGCUCCACGAGGAGGUAGAGGCUGAUAAGAAAGUCAGGCAAAGGCUGAGGAACGUACCGAGGUACGAAUACAGCAGGAUGCUGAAGAACGCUGAAGGACUCCUCAGGAGUGUGAAAGAUCAGGUGGAUCGGGCUGAGGUCUGGAAGUCCAGGACCGAGGUGUGCAAGAAUAAUGGCUUCGAGACGCUUUUAGAAACCUCCACCCUGAAGAAGAAGCUGCAGGAUACGGUGUCGGAGCUCUUCAGGUACGGCGACGGCGAUCGGAAAGUCGAAAUUCAAAAAGCUCUCAAGGAGGCCAGGAGGACUUUGAAUGGAUUGAAGAUCGUAGACUUUUCGGAUAAGUCUCGAGAGAUCCAACGCGUUUUGGACGACGCCGUGGAAUAUAUCGAUUGGUUGAACUCUCGAUACGAUCCGCGAGAGUCCCUUGCAAAAACCAAGAAAAUCGCGGAAAUUCUCUCCGAUAAGGUGAAGGACUUGAGGACAAUCCUGGAGGACACCAUGGAGACAUUGUUCACCUACGACGGAUUCUACAAGGAAAUUAACAGGACCUUAGACGACCUCAAGUAUCACCGGAAUAAAAUAACUGGCUUGAAUUACGAUAUCCUGGAAUCGAUAAACGAGGGUGAUAAGUUAAUCAACGAUGCGAGAAAAUCCAUACUCGACAGCGAGAAGAAUUUUCAGAGCAUUCCUAAAUUGCGAAGUAGAUUGAUCAACGGGACGGAAGACUUGAAUGUUAAGGAAGAGAUUUUAUACAGACUUAAUUACGAGUACGAGGAGAAAUAUGUACUCCCUGCUGUAGAGCACGCUCAAAAUCUCUCGAAUUACGCCGAUCAAUAUGUCGGUUUAUUCACGGCGACGAGGAACGAGGCGGCGAAUCCUUUGAAGGCGAGUCAUGCAUAUCAAACAAUUGUUGACACAUUAAUGGUCGCGUUAAAUGCCGGGAAAGCUGCGAAGGAGAUAACCGAUGACGUUCAUGAUAAGGUCUUCCCGGGUGGAUUUCGAGAGAGGUCACUGCUGGACAGUGCAAAAGACAUGUUCAAGACGUCUAACGAGCAAUUGGAGAGGGCAAUGCGACAUGAUCGACCAGUGAUUACGGCAAGAGAUCAGCUGGAGAGGCAAAAACAGGGGGUUGCAAAUUUGAAAAACACCCUUAACAGUACGGGGAUCAAGGACAACGAGAUAAACAUUAAAUUAAGGGAGUUGAAGAACGAGAGCAAGAGGGUGCAAGAUAAUUUGCAUACGAUUUCGGCGGGUAACGAAGAAGUCCUGGGAUCGAUUCACCGUUCGGAAAUUCUGAUAGAGGAUCUUAAUCAAGGAGUGUCCAACGUCUUGAAACCAAAGCUGAACGAUUUGAAACGAGAAGGGGACUCGAAGAUCAGCCUCGCCACUGAGAAGUUGGCAGAUGCGCAGAGUGACAUUAAAAAAGCAGAUGCCAAAUUGACAAGCUUGACCCACGCAGCGAUGACACGUCAAGCCGAGUUCGACAAAUGGAACGACACCUUGGCGAGGAAAUUGCAAAACCUUAAGAAUAAAAUCGCAGAGGCGCGGAACACCGCCGAUGGGAUCAGGAUUUCAUUGAAAUCAGUGUAUGGCAAAAAGUGCGUAAGGUCUUACAGACCGACCGCAUUGCAGCCAUCCACGACAACGACCAUUGUCAUGACAUUUGCCAUUGACAAGCACCACAGAGAGGGGGUGCUCUUCUACUUGCCGAGUAGCAUGAACGACGAUUUCGUGGCGUUGGAAAUGGUCAAUCGAAAAAUCAGAUUCGUGUGGAACGUGGGUGGAGGUACCGGUGUUAUCACCCACCCAGAAGUGAUAGAGUCAGGUGGGAUCGAAGAAGACAAUUUCUGGUACCGAGUCGAGGCGGAAAGGACCAUGUAUGUAGGCAAAUUGAGUGUCAGGAAGCAGCUCUCCACUUCCGGGCGAUAUCUCCCCGCUAUCAACGCAACGAGCUCCGAUUAUGGCAGAUUGGACGUGACAAUGACCGACAGAGUUUGGCUAGGUGGGAUCCCGGAAUCUCAAAGAAGGCCGAUGGAACUAAUUGCCAGCAAUGGGCUUCCCGUUUGCGUCCAUCAAGUGAUUUUAGAUGGGAAGCCAUUUGGGCUUUGGAACUUCGUCACCACCGCGCCGGACAUGGCGUGUGAGGCGUGCAUGGAAGGGGUGGAGGAUGCCAGAGAUGACAUCGCUUACAGUUUUAAUGGAGAAGGUUACGCGGUUAGAAGCAGAGUAUCUUCCGGUCCUUACAACAAAUACACAUUUGGAGUCUCCAUCAGUUUCAGGACCUUCGACGAAAACGCCCUCCUCUUCCUGGCGAUCAAUCAAGAGAACAGUCAACAUAUCAUGAUUUUCCUCCGGGAAGGAAGAGUCAUCCUGCAUGUCGGGUAUGGAGGGAACGUCAGCAUGGAGAUGUCCUCCACCCAGAAGUACAACAAUGGGAACUGGACAAAAGUCGAUGCCUUCAGGCAGUACCAACUCCGGAAGAACAUUGAAAAGUGCAGUCUGAGCGUGAAUGGCGAGGUGGACAAGAAAAUAGGAGCUCCGACACCUCAGCCGAAAAAUGAAGACAUUCCUGAUUUAGCGCAAGCGAAGUAUUACAUAGGUGGAGUGCCUCCCAGUUUUCACGCGGAAAAACUGCUUCUUCCCUCCCAGAUUUCUUUCCUUGGUUGCAUGUCGAACAUCAUCAUCCAAGAGGGUUACGACCCCAUGGCUGAACAGUAUUACGGGGUGGAGCCGAGUUGUGGGAACAGAGCCUUGAAGAUUGUCGGAUUUUAUGGGGAUGGGUACUUGGAGCACCGUGCUUUUACCUUGAAGAAGAUAUCCUCGGCUAUCAGCUUCUCCUUCAGGACUAUGCAGAGUGACGCCAUGCUCCUUUUGUCCACCUUCCAGGGACAGGAAGAGAGACUGACCAAUAUGCAGACAUCGGAGGGAGACUCGAUUAAGGACAGCUACUACUCCGUGGCCGUUGUCAAUGGACAAGUUCAGGUGCGCAUUAAUUCGGGAAGAGGUGAACUUAUGAUCCGGAGUAAUAGUACUUUCAAUGACGGGAAGUACCACUCGGUGUUGGUGCUGAAGAAGAGAAAAGACGUGGAACUGAGGAUCGAUGACGCUUAUCAGAGCAGUGGGAGAUUGCCAACAGGAGCGGCUAUCAGAGCCCCGGAAUCAAAUGGUGGACUCUUUUUUGGGGGAUUGCCAGCAUUGAUAAAUAAUACAAACAUGAUAGGGACCACCGUUCCCUUGUACGGUGCGAUCAAGGACGCUAUCUUUAACGACGAGGUCUUGAGGUUCGACGAGGCCACCGCAUUCGAUCAUGCUCUGAUCGGUCGAUCAGGACCUAGGUUGGGCAAGGACCCUCCAACCUACGUCCCUUCUGCAUCCUUAUCAAGAGGUAUGUCAACCCAGCCGGAAGGAUGUCAAAAAGUGCCAUAUUACUCUCUGGAACCCGGAGCUCUAAAAUUCGGUGAUAAGCCGCAGAGUCAUACGCAACUGUACCUGAACUUCAAGAAAUUCUGGGAGAAGAAGUACGUGAUCGAGUUCGACUUCCGGACUUACUACCCGAACGGGUUGCUGUUCAUCACUCCGGGCCUGAGACUGAAGCAAUACCUGAUGGUGGUGAUCCGCGAUGGGCAGCUCUCCCUCUUGGUGAAGAGCAAGCAGAAGAAGGAGAUAUUAUUCAAAACCCCCUGCAACGACGGGAACUGGCACCACGUGGUGAUAAGCCACGACGAGAGGAAGCUGACAUUGGUGGUUGACACCCAGACCCCUAGGACUAUCAAAGUUCCGAGGAAAAUCGGCUUGGCGUCCAUGAUGUACAUCGGUGGCCUCCCCGAAAGUGGUACUCCACUUCCGGACCAGGUUGUCGCCAAAUUGGACACCCUGAAGGGCUGCAUCAGAGGCCUCAGAGUCAACGGCAACAUCUACGACAUGGUUGGCUCUACAAGCAGAGCCUACAAUGUCGGACAAUGCUUCCCAAGUGUCGAAAGUGGAGCUUACUUCCAGGAUGACGCUUACGCGAUAUACAAGAAGAACUUCGAACUGGGAGCCGUCCUGGAACUUCAACUUGAGUUCAGGACUUCCGAACUGUCGGGGGUUUUGCUCUCCGUAACCGCGCCUGGAGGCACUCCUUCGUUGGCAUUAGAGCUGAACAAUGGCAAAGUCAUAAUGUCUGGUGACCUGGGCGACAAUAAUCCCCUGUAUGUUGAGCAACAUUUCUCGAGUCCUUAUGCCAUAUGCGACAACCGGUGGCACAGGAUACAGGCGGUCUAUAACGACGAAGAGUUGACUCUGAAGGUGGACGAGCUGGACCAGAAAUUUGGACUUCCUGCCAAUGUCAAUUACCAUUUCAUGGGCUCUACUGGAUCGAGUCCUUUGUACAUCGGUGGACUGCCAGCCUCCGUUCCCAAGGGAACAUUGCUCAGUCGGGACCAUUUCAACGGGUGCAUUCGGAACGUCAUGAUGGGAGGCGAAAGGCGGGAUUGGACGGACAUGGCCGAAUUGCACAAUAUUCAUCUUAGCUCGUGCCCCGUGCAAUAAAAAUCCUCGAUCGGUGCAAU